AGGAAGAAGUGGACGGAGGGUGAGAGUGGGAGGUAGGGGUAGAGCUGGAGGGGGAGGACAAAAAAGGGCACAGCUUUCAGAUGAAAUCGGGGCAACAUUAGUCGACCAUGUUAUCAACCAUAGGUUGACAUUGAGAGAGACUGGACAGAGGGUCCAGCCCAGCAUCAGCUGAUUUACUGUAGCCUCUGUCAUCCAGACAUUGAGGCUUGAGCCCAGGUAAGUAACCAGAAUACCAUUCACUCUGCAUAAUUCAGGAUUCCACCAAUCAUACUGUGUCCAUCACUUCUUGGUUGCAUUGUUCACAGAGCCAUUGUAGAUGGUGUCCUCCAUUACCAUGCCAACCUUGGUCGAUACAACACAGACCACAUUGUCACAUUUUUGGACAGACUGCUACACAUUGUGAUACUGGUGGACCUCCUCUAUUGCAUGGCGUUGCCGUAUGGCAACAAUUACUUUAUCUCAAUUUUACUAAAAGGCAGUAAUGUAAAAUCCAUGUUUUACUGUUCAGUUGUGAAAAGGGGGUCUUUUAUUUUGAUAAGACAAAUAAUGCAGCACAUCACAUGACCAGGAAAUCCUGUUUGCACCUCCUUUUUGCAUGGACACAGACAUUGGGAUGAGUCAGCAUCUGAGGGCCUCCAAAGUUGUCUAAUUGCUACGUAUUUAAGCAAAAGUCCCUCAAGAAAAAAAUUGAAAUACUAUCUGGGCAGGUGGACCAGUGAGAGAUGACAUACCAGAGUUCCAUAAGUUGAAAAACCUGAAGUGGCAGACAAAGAAAACAAUUCCACCAGUGCCACAAUGGAAAGAUCUCUCCCAGAGUCAACUGGAGUAAUGGAACCAGUAAAUUACUUUCGCCAACUUUUCCACAGAGAAGUAAUAGAAGAUGUUGUCAGGGAAACUAACCUGUAUGCUUUACAGUGCAACGUCACUAGACCCCUCAAUGCUACUGUUGCAGAAAUGGAGCAGUUCAUUGGAGUGUGUUUCUACAUGUCUGUCCAUGGAUUGCCAAAAACCAGGUUGUACUGGAACCCCCAAACGAGGGUGGAGAUGGUCGCAAACACCAUUACAGUGAAUCGAUGGGAAAAUAUCAAAAGAUAUCUCCACUUUGCUGACAACAACAAUCAGGCGCCAGGGGGAGACAAGUUGUUCAAGGUGAGACCUCUCCUCAACUUCCUCAAGGACAGCUUCAACAAAAUCCCUAUGGAUGAAAUGCUCUGCGUGGAUGAGCAGAUGGUGCCCUUCAAGGGGAAAAGCCAACUAAAGCAGUACAUACCUAUGAAGCCGAAGCGCUGGGGGUACAAGUUUUUCAUCCUUGCAGACCAACAUGGCAUUGUAUAUAACUUUGACGUGUACACAGGGUCCAUUCAGCCCCAUCCUGGAUUCCCUGACAUUGGUGCCAGUGGAAACAUUGUGCUACAGCUGGCCUCAGCUAUCCCAACCAACAUUUCGUAUAAACUGUUCUUUGACAACUGGUUCUGCAGUGUGGACCUGCAGGUACUCCUGGAGAAGAAGAAGAUCCAUAGUGUCGGAACUGUGAGACAGAACCGUCUUGCAGGCUGUACAUUUAUGGACGAUGGUGCCAUGAAGGCAAAAGGACGAGGAACACACCAAGAGAAGAUGACCAUUCACGAUGGUGUGACUCUAUGGGCCGUCAAGUGGUUUGACAACUGUCCUGUGACCCUCCUGAGCACAUUUGUAGGAGCAAACCCAACCACAGAAGUGCAAAGGUGGGACAAAAAAAAGAAAGAGAUGAUCCGCGUUCCACGCCCCAACAUUGUGUCAGUGUACAAUAAGAGCAUGGGAGGAGUGGAUCUUUUGGAUUCUUUGAUAGCCCUCUACCGCACCAAGAUCAGGUCCAAGAAACGGUACCAUCGCAUUGUCUUCCACAUGCUGGACCUGACCCUAGAGGCAUGGCUCCUCUAUCGAAGAGACUGCCAGUCCCAGAUCCCAGAAAAUGCCCAACUCCCACUGUUGGACUUCAAACUCCAAGUAGCCACCUGCCUAUGCAUGGAGAACAAGGUGUCAAACAAGAGAAAGGGGAGACCUUCACAAGUUGUUGUCCUGGAGAAAAAGAAAAGAGGGCGCCCCAGCUUUGUGCCAUCUGAUCCGAUCAGAAAGGAUAACACAGAUCACUGGCCCUUGUAGGCAAAUGAGAAGGGGAGAUGCAAGAUGCCGGGAUGCAAAGGCAUCGUGAGGAGCAGGUGCUCCAAGUGUUCCGUGUUCCUCUGCUUCACCCGAGAGAGGAACUGCUUCUUCGACUUCCACAAGGGGUGAAAUUGGGUCAGAAUGAACAACCUAAUGUGAAUCUGAUUGAAAAACAUGUUGAUGAUGACUAAAUGAAUGAUACUGAAUGAAAAUUAUCAAAUGAAAUUAAAUAAGACAUAUUGUUAGGAGCAGUUGUUCCAAAUUUGCCAUGUUCCUCUGCUUCACCCGAGAGCAGGACCUGCAUUUUUGACUUUGACAAGAGAUGAAAUUGGGUCAAAAUGGAAAAUGUUAUGUUAAUUUGUUUGAAAAAUAUGUUGAUGUUGAUUAAAUUAAAUGAAUGAUAUUGGAUGAGAAUGAAAAUUAAAUUGAAUAAGAAAUAAAUGUGUUUUUGAUCAAGAAAAUUAUGUCCCUGUGUCUUAUUACAAGUGUAUGUAUCUGUCUCAUUACAGUGUUAUUAUUACCAUACAUUCCAAUUAACAAC